AUGCCUAAGUCUUGCAAACGCGGCAACCUUUUCUGUAAUAAAUUACACCUCGAAAUCCAUGAACGGUUUGCCUCAUUGGUACAGGAGGAGGCUACUCAGAACGUUCCUGAACCUAGUCAAGGUGACCAAACUGGCAUUCAAGGCAUUCCAGUGGAGGUUCGGGAUAUGGCAUCAAAAAUAGGCUUCGAAAUCGGCUCUAGGCCGUUCCAGCUGUUCUACACAGCAUAUGAGAAAUGGAAGUCGGAUUUCAAGCCUGCUUUUAACAGUCCAGGAUCAGCCAAGGCUACCAUGGACAUGUUCAGCACCCUCUACGAAAUGGGCUUCAGGGAGAGAGACCUUCUUGACCAGCAGCAGGUCAACAGGUUCAAGGAGAGUGUCAAGCCCAAGAUGGUACACAUGGUGCCACCAAACUUCAUCAAUGGGCUUGAGGCAGCCUUUGAGGCGGUUGCCAACCCAAACCCCCGGAAGAGGAAGAACAGCUGGGAUAGCCAAGAAGGAGAUGGGGACGACGGUGAACGUGAUGGCACCAAGGAUGCAUCAGGAAGUGGGACUUCACAGGGUGUGCAGCGUGCCAAGAGGUACAUCCUGGAGAAGUUGUACAAGUUCUUCGAUCCAGUCCUGAAGGACUUCAAUUCAGCAUCCAAGAUCUACUUGGAAGUGACCGAAAAGGAGAUUGAGGACUUCAUGGUUACGCUGGGUGGGCGAGACAGAACCGUGGCUGGCUUCCACUUGGACUCUGAAGCAACCGACCAGGACAUACACGCAUGUGUCCGGAAGUCCCUGGUUGAGAGAUGGAACAACCGCAAGAAGUGGAUUGGAAAUCUACAGCAGCAGGCCAAUGUGGAGGAUGCUUUGAGAUUCAACUCCUUUGGAGCUGACGAAGAGGAGUUUGAGAAGUACCAGUCUUCACAGUCGCACCUGGAAUACUUGCAGAAGAGCUUAGGGCCUCUAAACAAUGAAGAUGACAAGUUCGUCUUCAUUGUCGAGGGCAAGGACAGUCCUGUGCUCUUAGCUGGCGGUGUGGUCUUUGGCAGUCUUGAAAACAUCGUGCACGACACCGACAAGGUGUCCGUCUUCAUUAUGCACAGGGCGAACAACAGCAAGAAGACCUCCAUGGUAUUGCCCAGUGGUACCAUUAAGGUUGGCAAGGAGCUAAAGAAGCACACGGUCGUAGAGCUUCCAGUGCAGAGCCUACUUGGCAGAUUCAACAAGCAGCAGGUCAAGGAGUGGGCUUUCUCCCAUGGCUGCACAAAUGUUCUAUGGAAUGACUCCAUGGUCCAGUACAAGGGCAAGCUGGCGUUGGUUGCUUAGACAGGUUCCAUGAUGAGCAGGGAUACAGAGAAAGUGGGCAGCUGCAGUCUAGGGCCAUAUAUGUGGUUCAGUGGUGUGUAGUAGGUGUUCACAGGAAAAAAGGAAGCAGUGCAGUAGUAGUGUGGAACAGGUCACAGGUGAAGGUUGAUGAAGAACAUGUAUGUAUAAUUGCAUGCCAAGACAAGGUACUGAUGUUGCUGUGAUGAUUUUGGUAGCAGCCUCCAGAUGUAAAGAAUAGAGACAAUAGAUGCCUGUACAGGUACAGGCCAGCUGGCUGUGCACUAUACUGCACAAUUCCGCAUGAUGAGCAAGUGAGGUGACCAGGGCGACCCAGACUGGUGUGUAUAAUACAUACUUAUGUAUAUAAUUCCUGACGAAUGUGGUUUUGUGCCUACCCAUGCAGUACAAGCUUCUAUCCCCAAUGAUGGCAAAUACAUGCUGAUGGCAUGAAUAAUGAAGUCAGAGAGCUUUCCAAAAAAAGGGAAUGUGUGAUUUAACAAUGGACAGGGAUCAUGUAAAAGCUCAUAACAU